AUGUCGUCGAAUAAUAGAACCAGUUCAUCAACAGAUACAACAAGUCAUACAUCGACAAGCAAAGAUGAAUCAACACAUGGAGUGGGUGUUAUGAACACCGUCUCAGGUGCAGCUAGCACAGUCGUUGGAGCUGCUGGAUCGGCGGCAAGUACAGUUGCUGGUGCAGCGGGUUCUGCAGCACAUUAUGUUGGUGGUAAAUUAGGAGAAGCCAUUCACAAUAUCACUGGAAUCGGAAGUGGCUCAAACGAUGUUACUAACAGUGAAGAUGCCAAUAGUGAUGCGCGAGUAGGACGUGGAGAUGUGUCAUCAAACCAAGGCACAUCAACCAGCUAUGGAAAUGUUAUUGUUCGGUCGGUUGUGGCUCACGAAGCAGAUUCAAAAGUUAGUAUUGAAAAUACACAAAAAAUGGCUAAUCUCAUGAAACAAUUAGGUUCGACACAUACGCAGAUCGAUACUUAUACAAAAGAUCGAACAGAACAAAUAACAGCUGAAGCACAAGAAGAAGUCAGCAAAAUUCUAACUGAAACUGAACAACAACAAAAAACUUUAAUUGCAGCCGCUCAAAAUGAAUCCGAUGAGAUUGAUAAAGACUAUCAAGCAAAAUUACAAGUUUUUGUUAGUCAGUUAGAUCAAGAUAAAGCGCGACGUUUAGCUAGUUUAGAACAAAAACUAAAUGUACAACAAGAACAAAUUUUAGUCAAUGCACGACUACGUAUUGAUGCAACAAAUAAAGAUGCGACAAAACAAAAAAUGAAUGUUCUAAAUGAAGCAACAUUACAAGCAAAUCGAAAGAUGGCUGAAGUAUCAGAUCAAAUAACAAAUGUUGGAGCUGAAGAUUCACAACACCGUUUAGCUUCAUCAACAACAACUAUAAUUAAAACAAACGCACAAGCACAACAGCAAACACACGUUGGAGGUAAUACUGGUGUAACAACAGCAACUGAUCAUGCUGCAACAACAUCCGGUAGCACAAGUGCCACAACUCGCACAGAAAACAGUGGUACAACUCAUUCAACAACUGGUGGCAGUAGCCAACAUUCAUCAUCGAGCAGUAGUACCGCACACAAUCAUUAG